AUGGCUUCCGGUGGUCAUCCUGAGGGUGGCGCGCUGGUCACUAGACAUGACCAGCUGGCUGGCAGUCUGGCUAGGCUGCAGAGACUUGCAGCGAGCAGGCAGGCCGCGCUCAUGGAGAGUGUGUGCAGCAAGACCUGGCAGCGUCUGGUAGAAAAGAUCCAGUCCCGCAACCAGCGCCUGGCUGCUGCUGGCGAGAUCCAUCGCGACGCCGGGGACCUGCUGGCGCGGGCCGGGGACCUGCGCGCCGUCACCGCCCUCUUGAGGGACCACGACGCAGCCGAGAACGAUAUGGUCGCUAUAGACGCGCAGACUUGA